AUGAAGAACCUGAACGUAUGCCAGUUCAACAUAGAAGGCUACACGAGGACCAAGGGAGAAAUCCUCGAAAAGAUCUUAACGAGAGAACGAGUAAGUGUCGUACUCCUACAAGAGACCCACCUCACAGAUGAAACCAUCAAUCGACUCAAAAUACCAGGAUUUAUAGCUGUGAGCUACACUGGACACGACAAACAUGGCAUAGCCACCCUAGUGAAGAACGAACUUCUAAGGAAUUUGGACACCAAAGUGGUACCAGCAGAGCAUGCGAUAGGCAUAAAACUGGGAGAGAUGACACUGUAUAAUGUCUACAAACCUCCAUCACAGAAAUGGCCCACAGGUAUCCUACCCAAGGCUAACCACCCAGCAGUUUACGCUGGCGGUUUUAACUCUCAGCACACCAGGUGGGGAUACCCGAGAUCCACAGCUGAAGGGACUGGACUAAGUGACUGGGCAGACAACCGGGACCUACACCUCCUUUUCGACCCCAAGGACACAGCGACCUUCAAAUCAAAGGCGUGGGGCACAACGUCAACACCUGACCUGACCUUCGUCACACGUGGAGCAACAGGUACACCCAUGCGAGCUAUAAGAAGGGUCCUCGAGGCGUUCCCCCGGAGCCAGCACAAUCCAGUAAUAGUGGAGAUCGGACUAUCAAUCCCAGUCAUAAAAAGCCCCCCAAUCCCCCGGUGGAACCUGAGGAAAGCUGACUGGAAUAAAUACCGAUCCUAUGUUGAGAAAACGAUAAAUCGGAUACCACCAACACCUGAGAACUACAAAAGAUUCGUAAACUUAGUACAAAAAGCGGCCCUAAAUGCAAUUCCACGAGGAUAG